GUGUAUAUUACUCUUAGUGUUUUGAACAUAAUUCUGUUUACCUGUCUACUGGUUCAUUUAAACGUAAUUGGCUUGUUAAAUUAGCAAAUGUGUUACAUUGAUGCUGCACUAGGCUAAUCUCCCGGAGCAUAAACUCACUAAUCUCGACGGAGAAAGAAACUGGUGAAAGGAGGCAAAGAAGCUUGAAGAAUGAAAGAAGAGGAUGAUAUUACAGUGAAACAAGAGGAUGAUAUUACAGUGAAACAAGAGGAUGAUAUUACAGUGAAAGAGGAAUAUGGGAACGAGGUUGUCAAAGUGGAAAAAGGGGUAGGAGCUUUCAGAAUCAAAAAGGAGGAAGAACAUUUUGAAGUAAAAGAGGAGGAUUUCUCAAUAAAAGAAGACGAGACCGAACAUCCGAUUACCACCAGAGAGAGACGUGACAAUCGUGGAUCCUCUGGGGAGCCUCAACAACCUCAUGAAGCUGAAGAGGCAGAGAAGAGUCUCUCCACAUCAGAACACCAGAUGGACAACGCUAGCCGUUCCGUCCUCCCGGAGUCCCAGUGUCGUGCCUCUCCCGGGAUGAAGAGGUUGUCUGUGCUGCUGGUGGACUGCAGGAAAGCAACAGGGCUGAGUGGAACUGUGAGAGGAGGAGGAGAGAAGACCGGAUCAGAUUUGACACAUAAAAAAAUUGAGAGUGACACAGAAGGAAUGGAUGAGGACUCUGUGAGUGAUCUGAGUUUGGAUUCCAGCGCGGAUGACAUGUUUUUGGAAGAAGAUACACUUUUCGAUCAUGGCACUGACCCCGACUGGGAGCCCCCAGUGCCAACUUGUCCAUCCCCCUCUGAAGCUGGUUCAUCCAGCUGUACCCCUGCUGUCUCUGGCUCCACACCUCCCGGGCCGUCUAGAGGACCGACAAAGAAGAGGAAGAGGGGAAGAAGUGUGCCACCCGCUAACAGAGGGACAGACUGGCGUUGGCACACCGUCCUAGAAGACGAUGUGGAGCCACCCAAACCGACCUUUAGGCCGAAAAGGAAGCCAGGACCUCAGCUAAACAUGACUGCUACGUACAGCCCCCUUCAGCUUUUUCAGCUGUUCUUCACCCAAUCCGUUGUAGAGUCGCUCGUGUCCAACACGAAUAAGAAUGGGAAGAAGAAGCAAGCAGGCAAAACGGCAGCAUGGAAGCCCAUAACCACGGCAGACUUUUUCUGCUACCUUUCUCUGGUCAUCUACAUGGGGCUUGUGAGGCUGAAAAGCCUGAAGGCCUACUGGAAAACGUCAUCUCUCUACCAACUGCCUUUCCCCUCGACUGUUAUGUCCCGCAAAAGGUUUCUGGUUCUCUCCCAGGCGCUUCACAUCUGUGACCCAAAGGUCGAUGAAGAGAAUGAGAAGAAGAGAGGCACAGCGAGGUUUGAUACACUGUGCAAAAUCAAACCUCUCUACCACAGCAUUGUCGAAGCCUGCAAGACGUACUUUCAGCCAGCCCAGAACGUGUCAAUCAAUGAGAGGAUGGUGGCCUCAAAGGACAGCAUUGGCCUCCAACAAUACAUGAGAAACAAACCAACCAAGUGUGGUCUGAAGCUGUUUGUGUUGGCUGAUUCUGCGUGUGCCUACACGUGCAAUUUCUUUGUCUACGAGGGGAAGAACAGUUUUGCUACCGGUAAGGAACUCUGCUAUGCCUCUGUAAUGGCGUUGUUGGAUUUUCAACUGCUGGGGAAGGGCUACAAACUGUUUGUGGACAACUUCUACACAAGCCCUGCCCUGUUUGCAGACCUGAGGAAGCUGGGGGUGUGGGCUUGUGGCACCAUUCGUACCACCAGGGUGGGCUUCCCGAAGACUAAGGUGGACGACAUGCCCAAGCAGGCUGAGCGCGGGACCAUGCGAUGGAUCCGAGAAGAUGGCCUGCUGUUUGUGAAGUGGAUGGACGCCAGAGAGGUGGUGAUGUGCUCCACAAUCCACAAGUCCUUCAGUAGCGAUCACGUCAUCAGGCGUGUGAAGGACGCUACUGGGGCAUGGACCACAAAAAGUGUCCCCAUUCCUGCAGCCAUCAAGGACUACAACCAGAGCAGAGGAGGUGUAGACUUGUCAGACGCUCUUAUAGGGUACUACAAUGUUCUCCAUAAGACAAGGAAAUGGUACAAGACAUUGUUUUACCAUUUCAUUGACAUUGCUGUGGUGAAUGCCUUCAUCCUCCAGAAGGAAAUGGCUAAGAGCUGUGGACAGCCCCCCAUCUCACAGCUGGUAUUCAGGGAGCAGCUCGUCCGUGAGCUUGCUAGCUACAGCAGGUCCACUGCAGCACCUUCAGUCCCCUCUACCUCUGUCCCUUCUGCUCCUUCAACCAGUGGUUUGCACAUGCUGAAAUUCCUUACUGCAGGCGAGAAUGAGUGCAAAAGGAAUUCAGUAAGGAGGCUUCGUUGUGCUCUUUGCCACAAGAAAUCCUCUGUCGGCUGCAGCACCUGUGAAGUGACCCUCUGCUUCACAGCAGAAAGAGACUGCUAUGCGCUGUGGCAUCAGAAGCACAAUAUUGUGUAGAGGGUCUUCACAUUAUUGAACAUUGAGUGUAAAUAGUUUCCCUUGUUAUUAUUAUUGUUUUGGAAAUGUCUAUUUUUUUUCUUCAAUUUUCCAAAAUAUAUUUUUCCGGUAUGUUGGAAUAAUUUUUUUGUAUUUUGUAUAUAGUUUUUUUCAGCAAUGUACCCAUGUACCAAUUCGGCCACUUGGGUACAUUUGGUAAACUUGUGAGGGACACCUGGGUGACUACAUACCCAAUGGCAUGUACCUCACUCAUUCCUAGAGGUAUCUGUCUGAAACUUUGGGCAAAUACUGUUUCCUGGUUAGUCUCUCAUUUGAAAGUAUCCACAGUAGCAUAACUGAAUAUUUUGAUGUUCUAGUUGAUUUUAAAGAUGCUACAACAAUAAAAG